UGACUCAUAACUAUUUUCAAACAUUAUCUAUACACACACCUUUAAAUCUCUGAAUCUAUUUGCUAGAUCUUGCUUAGUUUACCACUUUUUCUUUUUCAUGAAAAUCCAACCACAUGUUUCUUAAUUUGCAGCAUAACAGAAUCAUGAUAAUUGAAUUUAUUCUAAUCACUCUUAUUCUAACAACAAUCACAGAAACCUCUGCAUCAGUGUUCAACAACGUUACUUGCACAAACAACAAAACAUUCACACCAAACAGCACUUUCCACAAAAACCUCAACACUCUCCUCUCUUCUCUUUCCUCCAACGUAACCAACGAUGUUAGAUUCUUCAACACAACAUCAGGAAACGAUCCAAACACAGUCUACGGUCUCUAUAUGUGUCGUGGCGAUGUUCCAUUCGCUCUAUGUAGAGAGUGUAUCGGUUUCGCAACACAAACAAUUCCUUCUUCGUGUCCUUCUUCCAAAGAAGCUGUGAUCUGGUACAACGAGUGUUUGUUACGGUACUCCUACAGAUUCAUUUUCUCCAAAACAGAAACAUUGCCGAGAUUCAAAAUCAAAAUUCCAAUGGGAGACCCUAUUUUGUUACAGAGUAAAGGGUUUUACUCUGCUUUAAGAUCUAUUUUAAACGUGCUUAUAAAAGAAGCUGCGGUUUCUCUUGCCGGUUUUAACAAAUUUGCUGUUAAGCAAGAAAAUGCUUCUGCUAGUGUGACUCUAUAUGGUCUUGCUCAGUGUACGCCGGACUUGUCCUUUGUCGAUUGUAGGCGGUGUGUCGAGGAUGCGGCGGCGGAGUUUCCGGAGGGUUGUUGUGGUGGUAGCAUAGGGGAAACUGUUUUGUUUCCAAGUUGUGUUGUGAGGUUUGAAACUUAUCCGUUUUAUCAGCAUUCAGUAACCUCAGCAGCAGCAACAACAAUUAAGGGGGGAAGAAACAUUCCAACACAUGUGAUUGCCAUCAUUGUUGUCCUGGUUGUUAUUUUGGGGAUCACUUUUUGCUUUGGCUGCUUUUUAUUCUUGAUGAAAUCGAAAAAAAGACGCAAGGAAACCCUCAGAGAAAACAUUGGGCUUGAAAUUUCUUCCCCUGAGUCAUUACAAUUUGAUUUGGCUACAAUUGAAAUAGCAACAAACAAUUUUUCUGAUGACAACAAGAUAGGUAAAGGGGGAUACGGACAAGUCUACAAGGGAAUUCUUCCUGAUGGACAAGAAAUAGCUGUGAAGAGACUGUCCAAAAGUUCUGGACAAGGAGCAGAGGAAUUUAAAAAUGAAGUGAUGUUGAUAGCCAAACUUCAACAUAGAAAUUUGGUGAGGUUAAUAGGAUUUUGCCUUGAAGACCAAGAAAAGAUACUUAUCUAUGAAUAUGUGCCUAACAAGAGUCUUGAUCACUUCCUAUUUGAUCCUCAGAAGCAAAAACAAUUAACUUGGUCUGAGCGGUAUAAUAUCAUCAAAGGAAUUGCUCGAGGAAUUCUUUAUCUUCAUGAAGACUCCCGUCUCAAGAUUAUACAUCGUGAUAUUAAACCAAGCAAUGUUCUUUUAGAUAACAACAUGAUUCCUAAGAUAUCUGAUUUUGGCAUGGCAAGGAUGGUAGCUAUUGAGCAAAUUCAAGGACAAACAAAUAGAGUUGUGGGCACAUAUGGUUAUAUGUCUCCAGAAUAUGCAAUGCAUGGACAUUUUUCAGUGAAGUCAGAUGUUUUUAGUUUUGGAGUUAUGCUUCUCGAGAUUAUUAGUGGAAAAAAGAAUUCUUAUACUUUUGAAUCAUGCCGCAUAGAUGAUCUAUUAAGCAAUGCUUGGAACCAAUGGAAAGGUGAGUCACCAUUUCAGUUGCUGGAUCCAAUUAUGCAAGAAUCUUAUACUCCAAAUGAAGUAGAAAAGUGUGUGCAAAUUGGUUUAUUGUGUGUCCAAGAAAGUCCAGAUGAUAGGCCUACAAUGGGAACAGUUGUUUCAUAUCUUAAUAAUCUUUCAAUUGAAAUGCCAUUUCCUCUGGAACCAGCAUUUUUCAUGCAUGGCAGAACGAGAAGACAUUCUCAUGAACAUGAAUCAUAUUCAGAAGAUCGAUAUAUGCACUAGAAGGAGGGGAGGUGGGUUUUUAGGAGAAAAUAAGAACACUUAUGACAUUGCAACUUGCAAGUGAAGGAGAAUAAUUGAUAUAUUUAAAAAUAAAAUAUUUUGAGAUAUGAAAACAGAUAAAGGAAAAUGAAAACAUUUUUGCUGGCCAAUAAUUUGUUAACUCAAUGUAGUGGUGUUAUUGAGUUUUAUGUAAGUCGGUUACAAUAUUAAAGGAAAAUUGAUGUUAAUACGAGUAAGGAAAACAUAAUUAAGAAUGUCAUAAUAGAGAUAAAAUAAAG